UUUCAAGGAUGUGGCUCUUCCCAUUUAAAAACCGUACCGGGACAGAUCGCGAUGUCAACCCUCCCAUAGUGGCGACUCCAGACCGAACAGAUCCCGUGCCAGUCUUAUCCCAGAUUAACAAUCUUAUGCCAAGAAAAAGAGGUUUAAUUGCUUGGCUCUGGUCUGUUACGGGCCGACACCGAGAACCCAGGAUGAAGAUGGAUCCCGGUGGAGAGUUGCAGGUGAUGCUGCCACAUCAAAUUCAGGACAGAAUAACCUCCGGUGAUGUUUGUAGAAUGUCUGACAGCCCAUAUCGAAUACACAAAGCGGCUGAAAGUGGAAAUGUGGAAGAUUUUAUGCGUCUGUACCUAACGGAACCAUCCCGAAUAUCCAUCCGCGACUCUAAUGGCCGCACCGCAGCUCAUCAAGCAGCUGCUAAAAACCACACAAACAUCUUGCACUCCAUUAAUAAAUACGGCGGAGCAUUAGAUAUAGCCGACAACGCCGGGAAUACGCCGCUUCACUUAGCAGUAGAAAAUGAGUCACUAGAUGCCAUAGAUUUUCUACUUCAGCAGAAUGUAGAUACUUCAAGUUUGAAUGAGAAACGUCAGGCACCUAUCCAUUUAGCCACAGAAUUAAAUAAAGUAUCUGUACUAAAAGUUUUUGUAAAACAUAAAACUAAGUUUGACGUUGAUAUCGAGGGGGAACAUGGUCGCACAGCUUUGCAUUUCGCUGCUAUUCACGACCACGAUAUGUGUGCUAGAAUAUUGAUUUCUGAAUUGGGAGCCCAAUGUAAACUUCAAUGUAAUAAUGGGUACUAUCCUAUUCAUGAAGCUGCAAAGAAUGCUUCCUCGCGUACUAUGGAAGUCUUUCUUCAAUGGGGUGAAUCUGAAGGUUGUACAAGGGAAAAGAUGAUGUCCUUACAUGACAACGAAGGGAACGUUCCUCUUCAUUCUGCCGUACAUGGAGGUGACAUCAGGGCUGUGGAACUCUGUUUGAGAUCUGGUGCUAAGAUAUCAGAACAACAAUACGAUUUUUCCACGCCCGUACAUCUAGCCUGUGCUCAGGGCGCUCUAGAAAUAGUAAAGUUGAUGUUUACAAUGCAACCAGAAGAGAAAAUGGCAUGUUUAAUGUCCUGCGAUGUACAGGAAAUGACGCCUUUACAUUGUGCCGCAAUGUUCGAUCAUCCUGAAAUUGUUAAGUAUCUUGUGAAUGAAGGAUCUGAUCUGAAUCCUUUGGAUAAGGAAAAACGGUCUCCCCUACUGUUGUCUGCCUCACGAGGCGGUUGGAGAACUGUUCAUACAUUUAUUCUUCUCGGUGCGAAUAUGGAACUGAAAGACAUAAAUUCUCGGAACGUGCUUCAUCACGUUGUUAUGAACGGAGGUCGUCUAGAAGAUUUUGCAACAACUUGCAAAAAUCGAUGCGAAAAAAGUCUUUCACAAUUACUAAAUGAAAAAGACAAUAACGGUUGUUCGCCCCUACAUUAUGCCAGUCGAGAAGGCCACAUAAGGUCCUUAGAAAAUCUCAUUAAGCUCGGUGCCUGUAUCAAUCUCAAGAACAAUAAUAAUGAGAGUCCACUGCACUUUGCCGCGAGAUAUGGGCGAUACCACACAGCGUGCCAGCUAUUAGAUUCUGAUAAGGGAACUUUUAUCAUAAAUGAAAGUGAUGGGGAAGGACUCACACCAUUGCAUAUAGCAUCACGGGAAGGUCAUACGAGAGUGGUACAAUUGUUACUCAACCGAGGAGCUUUGCUACAUAGAGAUCAUAACGGACGCAACCCACUUCAUCUUGCAGCAAUGAGUGGAUAUACUCAGACCGUUGAACUUUUGCAUUCAGUUCACUCACAUUUGCUGGAUCAAACUGAUAAAGAUGGAAAUACACCACUUCACUUAGCUACAAUGGAAAAUAAGCCUAACUCUAUAGCAUUGCUGUUAUCUAUGGGCUGUCAGUUGAGUUACAACUCGUUGGAAAUGAGUGCUAUCGACUAUGCAAUUCAUUACAAAUUCCCAGAGGCUGCUCUAGCAAUGGUGACUCAUGAAGAACGAGCUAAGGAAGUUAUGGCUUUACGAUCAGAUCGUCACCCUUGUGUCACUCUCGCACUGAUAGCUUACAUGCCUCGAGUGUUUGAAGCAGUUCAAGAUAAGUGUAUAACAAAAGCUAACUGUAAAAAGGAUUCUAAAAGUUUCUAUAUUAAGUAUUCUUUCAAAUUCUACCAACACUCGAGGCUUGAGAUAGAUGCGCUGAGACAGGCGCUGAACGACCCAAAGUUUCGACCAGAACCGUUGAGUGUUAUCAACGCAAUGGUAGCUCACGGUCGCGUUGAAUUGUUAGCUCAUCCUUUGAGCCAAAAGUAUCUUCAAAUGAAAUGGAAUUCUUAUGGAAAAUAUGUCCACCUACUGAAUCUCUUAAUAUACUGCAUAAUCCUCCUAUUAGUGACGCUUUAUAUUUAUUUUUUGAUGACCAAAAUGCCUAAGAAUAUGAACACAGCAAGCCAUGUUAGCAAUGAGACUGCAUAUGUAUUUAAUUCUCUAUUAAAUGACACUGCUACUACGGGUUUCAAGCAAGUUCCAGAUUUCGGAAUAUAUGCUAGUGCAGGGAUUAUAUUAACUUAUAACUUCAUUUGUGUGAUACGCGAAAUGUACAAUAUAAAGGAACAAAAAUGGCAUUAUAUUGUUGACCUCUCGAAUUUUGUUUCCUGGAUGCUGUACGUCAGUUCAACACUCAUGACUUUGCCAUCUAUAUACCCAAUUUAUCAAAAUAUUCAGUCGUCAGCUGCUUCAAUUACCGCCUUCUUAGCAUGGUUCAAAUUGCUACUACUACUUCAACGCUUCGAUCAAGUUGGGAUCUACGUGGUUAUGUUUUUGGAGAUACUACAAACACUUAUUAAAGUUUUGAUGGUGUUUUCAAUACUAAUAAUAGCAUUCGGACUAGCCUUCUUCGUCCUUUUAUCUAAUGGCCAGCAUUUAUCAUUCAGCAGCAUACCGAUGUCAUUGAUGAGAACAUUCACGAUGAUGUUGGGAGAGAUUGACUUUGUUGGUACUUAUGUCCAACCCUACUAUAAGACAGAAAUAGACGUUCUCUUACCUUUCCCUAUUCCAACUUUCUUUAUCCUCGGCCUGUUUAUGGUCUUUAUGCCAAUCCUAUUGAUGAACUUACUCAUUGGUUUGGCUGUCGGAGACAUUGAGAGCGUCAGGCGAAAUGCGCAGCUAAAACGCUUGGCUAUGCAAGUAGUUUUACAUACAGAAUUAGAACGAAAAUUGCCUGCUUGCAUUUUGGAAAAUGUUGACAAAGAUGAAUUGAUUGAAUACCCAAACAACAACAAAUGCAAACUCGGUUUCCUUGACUUAAUUCUACGGAAAUGGUUCUGCAAUCCAUUCACUGACGACGCUGAAUCUGUUUCACAAGCCGUCGGUCUUGACUUGGUCCUGGAGAGUAAAGAAGAUUACAUGACUGCUGAAAUGGACAAGCAGAAGAGACGUUUACGCGAAAUGUCACAAUUACUUGAACAACAGCAUACUCUUAUUCGUCUCAUUGUGCAGAAGAUGGAAAUAAAAACUGAAGCUGAUGAUGUCGACGAAGGAGUUUCUCCAGCGGAAACGCGUGUUGUACCGAGGUGGAGUACACCACGCAUCAGAAAACAACUUCACACCGCUGCGUCAUUUAAUAAAGGGAUCUAAAUAUUAUUAUAUGUAUUUUAACGUUACUAGGUGCAACUUAUAGUGUCGGACUUAUUGUCAGAUUUAGAACAUAAAAUUUGUUUAUACUAUGACCUUGUUUACACUUUGGUACACAGUUUGAUACAUGUUCUUUACUACUUUUAAAAUCAUAUAUAAUUCAGAAAAAAGUUUUGUAACACGUUUAUAAGUGUAUACGUUGUAAAGAAGAAUUUUAUUGACAUAUUUACAUCGGCCUUUUUAAUUGAAAUAUUUAUACACCUCUUUUUUGAAAUAAAAGUUAUAAUGUAUGAAAAGUUUUGAUAAGAAAAGGAAGGGUAAAUUUAAAUAAUAUUUUUGAAAAUAAUAUAAGAUUUGUGUUUACAAUCAGUUGCCUCUUAUCUAUGUGAAACAUAAAAAAACUAUAGACGUUAGGGAAGGAAUCAGUCAAAUGUAAAGUAUGACACAAUUAUUAAGCAAAAUAAUUAAACUUAAAAUGGCUCCGAUUUAAUUUGAUAAAAGUAACACCUUAAGUGACAAUAUUUCUCGAAAACCAAAAUUUUACAAAGCAUGAAUUGUUUAAGUAAUAAGAACUUUUAACGAAGUCAGAAUUGUAAGUGUCAUUUGGAGGGUGCCUUUUAAGAAUGAUUGUAUUUUUGGAACGAUCCAUUGAAGAGUAUUUUUGUUAAACGGUAAUGUGUUAUAUAGAAUGUAACUAGUAUAUGUGAUGUAACUUUAUAAGAACAUUUUUAUGAAUCAAGCUUCAGUCUAAAAAAAAAGGUAGAUGCUUCAACUUUUAAAUUUAGAAAAAAUAACCAAACUAUAAAAUAAGUUCUUGUUAGGAAAUUUAUAAAAAACCCUAAUUUAAAGAACACACUUACAUUUUAUGUAUUUUAAUUGUUAGCAAUAAGAAAACAUUUUUAAAGUGUUACUUCUAUGGAUUUAAAUAUAAUUAUAGUGAUUCUGCUUCUAGUCUAUCAAUGUUAUGCUUUUAGUCAAUGUCAUUUUAAGAGAGGUCAUCGUAUUUUGUUCAAUUCAAUU